AUGGCUCAGAUGGAGAAAUCCUUACAAUCCGUUUCGACCGUGGAGGAUGAAGUGGGAUUUGGACCGAUAUUGGUCGGCAGGCUUGAGGGAUGCGGCGGAAUCACAAGUGGCGAUAUCAAGAAACUUGCGGAAGCCGGACUACACACCGUGGAAUCGGUUUUGUUCACACCGAAAAAGCAACUGAUAGCGAUCAAGGGAAUAUCGGAGGCGAAAGCGGACGUUAUUCUGCGGGAAGCAUCGAAACUGAUUCCGUUGGGGUUUGUGACAGCCACCGAGAUGUUCCAGAAGCGAGCGGAUAUCGUGCAGUUGACGACGGGCUCGAAAGAGUUAGAUAAGUUGCUUGGAGGCGGCAUCGAAACCGGCAGCAUCACGGAGCUAUUUGGCGAGUUUCGCACCGGCAAAACGCAGCUGUGCCACACAUUGGCCGUAACCUGCCAGCUACCGGUCAGCCAGAAUGGUGGCGAGGGCAAAUGCCUGUACAUUGACACAGAAGGAACGUUCCGCCCUGAACGGUUGUUGGCCACAGCCGAACGGUAUAAGAUGGUGGGAGCCGACGUGCUGGAUAACGUGGCGUACGCACGAGCCUACAAUUCCGACCACCAGCUCCAGCUGCUCGUGACGGCUUCUGCCAUGAUGGUGGAAACGAGAUACGCGCUCAUCAUCGUGGACAGUGCGACCAGUCUGUACCGGACGGAUUACGUUGGGCGCGGUGAGCUUGCACCCCGGCAGGCCCAUUUAGGCAAGUUCAUGCGUAUGCUGCUGCGGCUAGCCGAUGAGUUUGGGGUCGCGGUGUUGAUCACGAAUCAGGUUAUGGCCCAGGUGGAUGGCGCGGCCAUGUUCAAUCCGGAUCCGAAGAAACCGAUUGGUGGCAACGUUUUAGCGCAUGCAUCGACUACGCGCCUCUACCUUCGGAAGGGCCGUGGGGAAGCGAGAAUCUGUAAAAUCUAUGACUCGCCUUGUCUACCUGAGAGUGAGGCCACAUUCGCGAUCCAACCGGACGGGAUAGGCGAUGUAAAGGAGUGA